AUGCUUAAAUUUUAGAAGAAAUCUAAAAAUGAAGUAAAGACUUGCAUUCUUGAUGUUGUUAAUUCAUUAGACUUCUUUGGAUAACCUCCUUUUUUUAGAAUUUUGAAAAGACAAAAGUUUAAUACUAUUUUAGGUCAUUUCCUGACUGUUAUUCUAAUGAUCAUGUGUGCCCUAUAUUUAUAUUUCUAAUUUUAAGACUUACUUGAUCAAAGAACACCAAAUAUAAUUAUAUCCGAGACUUAGCCUUUUAAUACACCGGUAUUUUAUGGAUUUAUUUAAUCAGGCUUUUUCAUUAAAUUCUGAGAAUUUUACCUUUGCCAUUAGUAUUACAGGGCCAUCUUUAUCAUCAUUAACUACAUACAAGAAACACUUUGAUAUUGCUAUGACUGCUUGCAAUAGAACACGUUUCUAUAAUGAAACAACAUAAACAACAGAUAUUUCAUUAAUGUUUAAAAGUUCAUUUAUUUUUAGAUGUAGAAAUAUUCCGUUAGAAAGUUGUGAUCUUGAAACUCAUUUUCCAUCAGAGUAUCAGAAACAAUACUUUGGAAAAUUCCGUUUAAAAAAUAUGUUUUGUAUUAACAAGGAACUUAGAUAAGAAAAUCCACCUGUAUUAAACCAAAAUAUUAUAGCAACUUCAAGGAUAUACUAGUGCAGAUACUUAUUAAUAUAUAAACAUAUCAAUGACUCCUUGUAAAAAUACUUCAACAUAUGAUGGAUGCAGUCCUGUAGAAGAAAUUUAGGCAGGAUUAAAGACUGGGUUUUUUGCAUUAUAUCUAGGAGAUACUCUAUUGAAAUUAGAUAACCCAGGUAGACCUUAUGAAGAAAUUGUCACUGUCUAAUUUGCAGCAUUUUCAUCUAGUCUAUCAAAAUAAAUUUAUUCGAACUUUAAAAUGAUUGAGACUAAAACUGAUGUUGGUUUGAUAUAAUAAGACUUUGUCACUGAAUUAGGAUUAAUAUAAUCUUCAAUAAAAGACUCUUCAGGACCAUUCAAUUAGAAUUCAUAUGUAGAAAAUAUUCUAUUUAUGGAUUAAAGAGCUAAUAAUUAUAAGAGAUCCUAUAUUAAGGUGUAAAAUAUUUUAGGUAAUGUUGGAGGUCUUUGGCAAUUAGUUGCUUUGACUAUUACUACUCUAGUAAGUCCAAUAAUAGCUACAUUAAUGAAUUUGUAAAUGGCUAAUAGGAUUUUCAAUUUUGAAAAUGUAGGUGAAAAAGUUAAAGAGGGAAAUUCAAUUUCCAAUUCAAAUUAAAAUAUAAAUAUUAAAGUAAAUGGGAAACCUGAGAAAAAUGAUCUUAUUGUAGAAUUAAGUAAGUAAGGGAGAUAACCAUAAUCAUCUAAAAGAGAUUUAGAGAAAGUUUAAAAUAGAGGGCAAUUAAAAUAGUAUUUGAAAUAGAGAAAAAGACAAUUAAAAGUAGGUUUAUGGGAUUUGAUGUGUAUGAAUAUAGGACUUAAGAGGAAACAUAAAUAAUAGAUUGAUUAUGCAAUAGAGAAGAUAUUAUGUAAAUUAGAUGUUGUGAAUAUAUUGACUAAGAUAUAGGAAAUAGACAAAUUAAAAUAUGUAUUAUUGAAUAAGGAUCAGUUAGAAUUAUUUAAUUAUAUUCCAAAACCUUUAAUUCCUAUGGAUAUGUUUUCAUAAGAUUUUGAGAAAAAAUUAAAUGUUUUAGAGGAGAAAGCAGAAUUUCAAUUUAUAUUGUAGGAAGAGAAAUCAGAUUUAAUUAAAGUAGAAUCAGCAUUUAAUGCAUAUAUGAAAUUGUAAGAGAAAAAACGAUUAAGUGAUACUGACAAAAGUAUUCUUGAAUUAGUUGGUGAUGAUAUGGCUGCUAUAUUUGAUAAGAUUAAUAAAAAUUAAGAUGAAUUUUUAUUGUAAAGUAAUAGAUAUUUACAUUCAAAUUUAAAUUUACUUGAAUAAAAUUAAAUAGAAAUCUUAUCACCAAUUAGUAGUAAGAGUGACAAUGAUUAAUACAAUAAAAGUGAGAAUAAUUUUGAUAAUGAAAAUUAUAUAGGUAAUGAAGAUAAUGAAGAUUAAGUUGCAUAAAUUCCACCGAAAAUACCAUCUAAAAAAUGA